AUGGCUAUAGCAUUUACACAACAUUUGAUGAGAGCAAAUCAAGGCAAUAAUGCCAACCGAGCUAAUAAUGGCAACCAAGGUAAUAAUGGCAACCAAGGUAAUAAUACCAAUCAGGGUAAUAAUGCUAAUCAGGGAGGUGGACAGGGUAAUGGAGGUAAUGGAGAUGCAUCAGUUAACAAGGGAACUAGGACAUAUGCUAGAGCAGGUUCUUCUACUACGAGACCACUCAUGCCACAGUUUCCUCCGAGACAGAAUGACCAGAAUAAUGUUGGUCCUACACAGCAAGAGAUUCAAGAUAUGAUUAUGGAUGAUUGGAGGGACUCUAACGCUGAGUUACAGGCUGAGAUGACAUUCAGGGAAUAUAUGGAUGUUAGACUCAAGAAUAUGCCCAUGAGAGGAAAUCGACAAUAG